AGAGGAAAAAAAAUGAUGUGUCAACUUCCUUAUUCGUUUUUAAAGCAAAAGGAGAGGCAAAACCCUCUCUCUCUCUCACAUCCUCUCACAAUAGGACAAUCAGCCUCUACAGUUGUGUAUUUUUUUUUUAUUUUGUAAGGGAAGCAUCGCUGGGUGAAUUCUACCAAAAAGCAUUUUUAAUCACCGGAACUAUGUACGUAUAAGAGACUCGGUGUUGUUGUCGAUUUUUUUUUUUUUGUGUUGGUGCGAAAAAGGAAAGACAAAACUGGCAAAAGGAUAUGAUCCAUUAAAAAAAAUAAACCUCUCUACUGGUUUGACUGGUUUACUCAGCGAUGGAACCGCCACAGCAGAACCUGCUGGCGAGACUGAGCCAAAAUUUCUGGACAGCUGUCGCUUUUAUUCAGCAAGUCAUUAGCAACAUAUUAAACCCAGAGAACGGACAACCAAAUGAAGCAGAACAAAUUUUACCAGCGGAGAGAGCUGCUGGACAGGAAGACGUUACCACAGGGGUGAGUUGCCCUGGCAACCGACAGGAAGCAGCAGCUACCGCAGAGUGUUGUCAUGGGGACCAGGAAGCAGAAGUGGCCCUGACGAGGCAAACAGACUUUGAAACUCCUGCUGUCAGUUGUCAUGGGACCCGAAAACGGAAUGCUCAGGGAGUGGUUGCCGGGGGGCGUACCCCUGGCGUCCAAUGGGAUUUGAGGGGCACAGAACAGGUCAAAACACACAAAGAGGUUUGUUCCAGGGGGGAGGUUUCAAACAGAAACCGACAGAGGGAAGUGAUCGACAGUAAGAGCGACAUCGCGGAACCUUCAGAAGAGAGAGUUCCGGAAGAGGGUUGCCGUGACAGCCGACAGGAAGCCGCUCCGGGGGGACAGGAUGUGGGUGACACGGAGGUCAGAGGUCGUGGAGGUCAAUCAGAAGAGGAUGAUGAAGAUUCUAGCAGCAGAACAGCUGCCAGAGAAGAAGAGGCUGUCGCUAAAACAGAACCAGAGGUCUUGGAAAAGCUACAAGAGGUUCUUCCGCCAGACCCAAAACGACCCGGCGAUCAAGAGUCAGAGACCCAUGAGGUGCCUUCGAAAGUGCAAUAUGGUACGACCCCUCUCAGUGACUCCGCAGGGGGGUCCCAAUCACAGAAUGAGGGCCCCCUAGAGGCACACGUUUUCGAAGAAGCUUCUUAUCGCCUGCAAGCGAUCCCGGAGACCAGCCCGGAUCAGUGGGAGGUUUCGAACCUGAGCACUGAACACAGCUGUAGCCAGGUGGAGAGAGUGGGGGAGGAGAAGACGGAGAGAGAGACUUCGAGAGCGGCUCUAGAACGAGGACUGGGUCAGUCUACCGGCUUUCUAGAAAAGGACCGUGGCGGUCUAGAGCUGGGGUUGCUAGAGCAGAUUGCUCUGAUUCAAGAGAGGCAUCCUGAAGACUCCGUGCCCACCUUAGAUUGUGAAGGAACCACCGAUGCAGAUAAAGAUCACCCCUUGACUGCAGCAACGGAGAAGGGGGGAGAGAGAGAGUUGGGAGGCAAGCAUUACGCUGCGGAAGAUCAGGGCGAUACCAUCACAUCAGGGGUUGGAGUUGAAGUUGGAGACAAGACUGAGAGAAAGACGGACUUCGUGGAAGGGAGAGAUGGGCUCUCACCGGAAGGAGAAGAGCUUGAGAAGCGGGUUCAAGUUGAAGUUACAAAGACCGAAACUACAGUCUUGCAGUUUCAGAUACACGGUGACUAUGAAGAAGGCGAUCAGAUGACCACGUGUAUCUCAUCAUCAUCGCCAGACCUUCAAGCUGAAGGUGCUGAGAAGCCAGAGGCAGAGUCAGGAGACGUGAUGGAGGUGGUAGAAACUUCUAUCGAAGAACCAGAGCAUGGAGAACUAGAUGGAGAGGACAGGAGGGAAGCUCCUGCAGAAAAUUGGGGUGAUCGCUUAUCAUCGGGAUUUCACAGUGGAGAAGCUGAGAAGACACGGGGAGAGACAGAGCCGGGAGGCAUGCUUGAGGCUGUACAGACCUCUGUCACCCCAACAGAGCACGGAGACUUGGGUGAGUUAGCAAGCAGAGACGGCACAGCAGAAGGUCAGAGUGGAGAAGCUGAGAAGACACAGGGAGAGACAGAGCUGGGAGACAUGCUUGAUGAGAUCUCAUUGGAAGGAGAAGAAGGACUUGAAAAGUUGGAUGAGACAGAGGCUGAUGAUCAGGAGAUGCCUGCAACCUUAGAAUCUCAAAAGCAGACAGACCCAGAAGAGGACAAUGAAUUGACCACCGGACAUGUCUUACCAGCAGACCUUCAUGUUGAAGAAGGAGAGAAAACAGAGCAAGAGACAGAACUGGGAGACAAGCUUGAAGAGAGAGGUGAGAUCAUAUCGGACGCUCCAGCACCACCGCGAAGGGAAGAAGGACUCAAGGAGUUGGAUCAAGUUGUUAUGAUAGAAACUGCGGAGAUAGGAGAUGAUCGGUCAACUGUCUUAGAAGAACAUCACAGUGACCAAGAUGAAGAAGAGAAUGAACUGACCACACAAGUAGGGGACCACAAGUCUGUGGAAGGAGUGGAGAUCUUAUUAGAAGCUCCAAGACGAGAAGAAGAAGAAGAAGAAGAAGAAGGAGGAGAAGAAGGAGAAGGAGGAGAAGAAGAAUUCGAGAAGCUGGGAAAACUCAAAGGACUACCUUUUGACCAGGAGACACCUACAGCCCAGGAUCCCCAAGCAGAACAACUCAGCGAAACGACCACACAAGUGGACAGCAAGCUUGAAGAGAGAGGAGAGAUCUUUUCAGAAGUUCCAGCACCAGAGCAUGAAGAAGAGAUGCUGGAUCAAGUCGAAGUCAUAAAGACGGAAGUUGUGGAGUUGGGAGAUGAUCAGGAGAUGCCUACAACUUCAGAACCUCAAAAGCAGAGAUACCCAGAAGGAGACAAUGAAUUGACCACCCAAGUAGGAGACCAGGAGAGAGUUGAGAUCUUAUUGGACACUCCAGCACCAGACCGAGGAGAAAAAGGUCUGGAGGCGUUUGAACAAGUUAUUAAGGAAGAAGCAGCCGAGAUGGGAGAGGAUCAAGAGAUUCCUGAAGAUUUGCAAGAAUCGCAAGAACAAGAACAGCAACAGAGUGACCAAGAAGACAACGAACCGGCCACAGCACCCGGAGACCCCGGGCUGGACGAAAGAGAAGAGGCUUCAUCAGAAGUUCCACUAGAAGAGGAACCAGAAGGGCUUGAAAAGUUGGAAGAUGCUGAAGGACUGGAUCCCGAAAAGGCUUCAGUUGACAGGAGGGAGAACAUGCUGGGCGGGUUGCCUGGUAGAACCGGGCUUGAGGCUUCAUGCCACAACGUCGCAGAAGGAGGAACGGAUGAAGACCGUUCCUCUGCAUCUCCAGAGGCGCAGGAAGAAAUCUCUGAGCCGGAAGAGGAAGAUGGGGAGAUGUCUUAUCACUACCCGGGCUACCAUGGAACCUUGCCUGUAUCUCAGCUGUUCAGGGACCUUCAGGAACUAGCAACACUGGAACGUUACAGAGAAGAGGAGGCGGCUAUCGUCCAAGGUCACUUGUCUACAAUUGAGGAAGCUGGAGGGAGAGAUGGAAGACACGAAAGAGAAGAAGAGGUAGAGGAAGAACAGAAUGAGACAAAGUUGUGGAAACAAAGACUGAAGAUGGCUAGCAUUGAAGAAGAGGAAGAAGAAGAUGAAGAAGGGGUCGAUAUUUUAGUAUCAAGACUUCCGCUUGAAGGUGCUGAGAAGAUAUAUGAAGAGAUAGACUCGGGAGACGUGUUUGAGGUGGUAGGUGCCUCUGCAGAAACUUCCAUCGAAGAACCAGAGCAUGGAGAACUAGAUGAAGCAGAGAAGAGGGAAGCUUCUGCAGAGGAUUGGGGUGAUCGCUUAUCAUCGGGAUUUCAGAGUGGAGAAGCUGAGAAGACACGGGGAGAGACAGAGCCGGGAGGCAUGCUUGAGGCUGUACAGACCUCCGUCACCCCAACAGAGCACGGAGACUUGGGUGAGUUAGCAAGCAGAGACGGCACAGCAGAAGGUCAGAGUGGAGAAGCUGAGAAGACACAGGGAGAGACAGAGCUGAGAGGAAUGCUGGAUGAGAGAGAUGAUUUCUCAUCAGGAGAAGAAGGACUUGGAAAGUUGGAUGAAGUUAUCAAGACAGGAGCUGCAGAUUUAGGAGAAGAUCUGGAGGUAUCUGCAGACUUGGAAUAUCAGGAAGAACAAGGCAGUGACCCAGAAGAAGACAACGACUCUGCCAUGAAAGACCAGGGUGGUACCUUAACACCAGGACUGCAGAUCGGAGACGCAGAGAAGACAGAGAGAGAAGCAGAACUAGGAGACGAGCUUGAAGAGAGAGGCGAGAUCUUAUCAGAAGCUCCAGCACCAGAGCAUGAAGAAGAGAUGCUGGAUCAAGUCGAAGUCAUAAAGACAGAAGUUGUGGAGUUGGGAGAUGAUCAGGAGAUGCCUAUAACUUUAGAACCUCAAAAGCAGAGAGACCCAGAAGAAGACAAUGAAUUGACCACUCAAGUAGGAGACCACAAGCCUGAGGAGAGAGUUGAGAUCUUAUUAGAAGCUCCAACACAAGAAGAAGAAGGAGAAGGAGAAGAAGAAGAAGAAGAAGAAGAAGAAGAAGAAGAAGAAGAAGAAGAAGAAGAAGGAGGAGGAGAAGGAGAAUUCAAGCUGGGAAAACUUAAAGGGCUACCUUUUGACCAGGAGACACCUACAGCCUUACUGGAAGGAGAAGAAGGAACUGAAAAGCUAAAUCAAGCGAUGAAGACAGAAGCCACUCAAGCAGGACAACGUAGUAGUGACCUAGAAAAUCAAGGACUGACCACGCCAUCAGGGGAUCAUGGGCUGGAGGAAUCCAGGGGGUCAUUAAGGGACGAUCCUGAAGGAGGCACGGAAUUCACAGGAGGACAGGGGAGUGACCUUCUUGAAGAAGAGAUCUCAGCUCUGUCACCAGAAGACCAGGACCAUCUGAGAGACAGUCAGAGACAGGGAAAGGAGACGGGAGAGAACGAGGGGGUACCAACGCUCCAAAAGACAGGAGAGAGGGAGGGGGUACCAGGGCUCCAGGAGACAGGAGAGAGCGAGGGGGUCCCAGGGCUCCAAGAGAUGGGAGAGAGGGAGGGGGUACCAGGGCUUGAGGAGACGGGAGAGAGCGAGGGGGUCCCAGGGCUCCAAGAGACAGGAGAGAGGGAGGGGGUACCAGGGCUCCAGGAGAUGGGAGAGAGGGAGGGGGUCCUAGGGCUCGAGGAGACGGGAGAGAGUGAGAGGGUCCCAGGGCUCCAGGAGAUGGGAGAGAGCGAGGGGGUCCCAGGGCUCGAGGAGACGGGAGAGAGCGAGGGGGUCCCAGGGCUGCAGGAAAUGGGAGAGCGAGAGAGAGUCCCAGGGCUCCAGGAGAUGGGAGAGCGAGAGGGGGUCCCAGGGCUUGAGGAGAUGGGAGAGAGUGAGGGGGUACCAAUGCUCCAGGAAAUGGGAAAGAGUGAGGGGGUCCCAGAGCUCCAAGAGAUGGGAGAGCGAGAGGGGGUCCCAGGGCUCCAGCAGAUGGUGGAGCGAGAGGGGGUCCCAGGGCUGCAGGAGAUGGGAGAGAGGGACGGGGUCCCAGGGCUCGAGGAGACGGGAAAGAGCGAGGGGGUCCCAGGGCUCCAGGAAAUGGGAGAGCGAGAGGGGGUCCCAGGGCUGCAGGAGAUGGGAGAGCGAGAGGGGGUCCCAGGGCUGCAGGAGAUGGGAGAGAGGGACGGGGUCCCAGGGCUCCAAGAGAUGGGAGAGAGUGAGGGGGUCCCAGGGAUCCAGGAGAUGGGAGAGAGCGAGGGGGUACCAGGGCUCCAGGAGAUGGAAGAGAGCGAGGGGGUCCCAGGGCUCCUGGAGAUGGGAGAGAGUGAGGGGGUCCCAGGGCUGCAGGAGAUGGGAGAGAGGGAGGGGGUCCCAGGGCUCCAAGAGAUGGGAGAGAGCGAGGGGGUCCCAGGGCUGCAGGAGAUGGGAGAGCGAGAGGGGGUCCCAGGGCUGCAGGAGAUGGAAGAGAGAGAGGGGGUCCCAGGGCUCCAGGAGAUGGGAGAGAGCGAGGGGGUCCCAGGGCUCCAGGAGAUGGGAGAGAGCGAGGGGGUCCCAGGGCUCCAGGGAAUGGGAGAGCGAGAGGGGGUCCCAGGGCUCCAGGAGAUGGGAGAGCGAGAGGGGGUCCCAGGACUCCAGGAGAUGGGAGAGCGAGAGGGGGCGGGUGGAGUGAUGGAGACACCAGCAGUAGAGUCCACCGGCAGUCGAGAUGAAUGUGAUGGGUCAUUGGCUACAGCAAAAGAUACGGAAUCUAGAAGAUUUGAGCCACUAGGGGAGCUACAGAUCCUGGAUGUGAGGGCGCAGAAAUCUCGGAUCGCUCUUCGGAACAAACUGUCCCGUCCUCCUCGUGCCCCCAAAGAGCUGCUGCAGACCCCCAGCCUCGCCCCCUCCCCGCCCACACCCCAAAAACUACCCCGUCCGGCCGGCAUGGGAUUGCCUUUCAGACUGCCAGGUUUGGGGGCAGGAUUGCCAAUGCUGAGAAAAAGGGACAGAGAUACCGAGAGAGUCGAGACUGAACCUAGACCACAGAUUCCCUCCGUCAAAGGGGAACCAGAAACACGCAGCUCAAGCGACGCGGGGACGCUUUUACAAGCCAGACCGAAGCCAGAAGUGAAGCCAAAGUGGACGCCCCCAGGGAAAGCUGGGUUUGGGAUGAUCCACCCUCAGAUGAUGUCAGAGUUACAAAACAAGCUGAAAAAACCACAGAAAGAUUAGCAAGAGACUUCCAGACAACGGCACACAGAGAGAGAGAGAGAGAGAGAGAGAGAGAGAGAGAGAGAGAGAGAGAGAGAGAGAGAGAGAGAGAGAGAGAGAGAGAGAGAGAGUCAAUUCAUCCAAUCUCGGAGCUAUACUCCACCAUUCGCAUCUUUAAAAUCCAUUCUCUCACCUCUUAUUAGCUUUAUUAACAGGAUCACCGGCCCCUCCCUUUAAAGGAGCGCUGACCAUCUUUAAAAUCCAUUCUCUCACCUCUUAUUAGCUUAUUAACAGGAUCACCGGCCCCUCCCUUUAAAGGAGCGCUGACCAUCUUUAAAAUCCAUUCUCUCACCUCUUAUUAGCUUUAUGAACAUGAUCACUGGCCCCUCUCCCUUUAAAGGAGCGCUGGCCAUCUUUUAAACCCAUUCUCUCACCUCAUAAUUAACAUAAUUAUCACUCCCGCUCCAGGAGCCCCAGGGCACCCCCCUCCCCUCUCCCCCUCCCCCCUCGCUGUCACACUGCCUCUGAACCUCAAAGACUGCCGCUUAUCCAGAACGUAGCUGCCACACUGCUUUCUCGUAAGGGACCCCAGUUCUGGCUCCUCAGACUGGUUACCAGUGAGCUACUGAAUUGAUUUUAAAGCUGCUUCCUUCUCCAGGAACGAGUAAAACUGUGUGUUGCUAUUCCUUAACCUUGAGAUCAGAAAACCGCAAAACUUUUUAGUUGCCUCCCCCCCCCCCCCAAAAAAAAAGUCAUUUAUAAAUCACCUGGAGGCAGAGCGUCCCGUUUGUAGAAUUGCAUUCGCUUAACAUCAUCGGGCAGGUUGAAAUGCUGGAUUCUAUGAAGCGUCAAUUGAAAACGCACUUUGUUAUUUUAGAACGUGCUUUUAUAUCGUUGUUUGUAGCUGGAGUGUGUUUGUAAGCGUGAGCUGUCCUUUGUUUUUGUUUGUAAGUCUGUGCCACGCUCUGGAUGCAGUGGCGUGAAGGAGGGGGAGCUGUAUCAAAAUAAAUGUGGAUUGUAUUUA